GGCGCUGUGGCGGCGGCGGCGGCCAUGGCGGCGGGCGGGGGCCUGGUGUCGGUGGACUACGAGGUGUUCGGCCGGGUGCAGGGCGUUUUCUUCCGCAAGUACACGCAGGCUGAGGGUAAGCGACUGGGGGUGGUCGGCUGGGUCAAGAAUACCAGCCACGGCACUGUGCAAGGGCAGCUUCAGGGUCCGGCGGCCAGCGUCCGGGAGCUCCAGGAAUGGCUCAGAAAGACGGGAAGCCCCCAGUCCCACAUCAGCCGCGCGGAGUUCCGCAACGAGAAGAAGAUUGAGGCGCUGGAGCACAAGGACUUUGUGAUUUUGAAGUAGCUUUGUCCAGGGAGCACCAAGAUUUGAAGCUUGAGCCACCCUCACAAAGUAGUCUCCUCUUCUCCGUUUGUUGUUAGCUAAUAUUCAGCUACAGAGAACUUUAUUUUAUUAAUAUUCUAAUUUAUUUGCUUGUUAUACAGUUUGUCUAACUCUCAACCAUUCGUAUUAGUUUAGCAGGUAGAAUGAAGAGUUGUAUUUAUUAAAGGAGCUGUUUUGAAGCACAACCUUAUACUUUUGAAUGUACGUGCAGUAUGACCUUGAGUGGUUGUACGUGAGUAGAGUAAUUUGUGUAGCGUUCUGCUCGCUUCAAGGAAGCUGUAGAUGUGCUACCAGUACUAAAUAUUGCUAAAUGGAUAACUUGCAUUAUUUUUUUUGACCUAAAUAUCUCAAAAACAAUUUAUUUUGUUCUCCAUCUGCUGAGAAAUUUAUUUUUUUUCUUUUGAAUAAAAUUGCUUGGAACUUGC